AUGACUCGACUUUCGGCUGAUCCACACCUUGAACAUUGUCCGGAUUUCACCUCCGCUGAUCUUCAGAGCAGUCGCGCGCCUUUGCUCGGUCCUUCGACCACCGACGAACAAGCUGCGGCCAUCUUGACCACCAUCUGGACCGCCACUAAUUCAACCUUAAGGAUCCGCUGGCAGGGGCAACUUGACGCUGAUGCUCUAGCGGCCGCGGAGGAGCAAUGUAUCAUCGACGAAGCAUCCGCCCAGCGUGCGGCUGCUGAAAAGCUUCAAGCCGACCUGCUUGCUGAAGAGGACAAGAAGAAAAACCGUCUACACCAUAUUCCCAUCCCUGACCGCCCUCGUCCCACACGGGCUUCCGAAGCUAUCCUUGUCUCUGACUUCGCUCUACGUAAAUUGGACAAAGUACAAUUCAUUGAGCUUUACUACUGGACCAACAAAGGGCUUGCAGAUGCCCGGCUGAAUUUCCACACUACUGAUGACGAUAGUUUAGUACCGACAACUGCCGCAGAUGGCUCCACCACCUGGAUCGCUGCCAAUGCUGCACGUCCUGCCUCUGGCGUGAUCGCUGAUCAUCUCCUCACUCCGCUCGACUUCUCCCAUGCCAUCCCUCGCUUCAUUGCCUCUUUACAACAACGCGGAUGGGACAGCUCGCGCGUUCUUAUGUUGGCUAACUUCUUCGGGGCACUCAUGUCACACAACUAUUGGACGUCUGACAAUGCUAUUGAGCGGCGUGCUCUCCUUGCCUAUCAGGAGGAACAACGUCGGGCGUGGCAUCAAGCUAUUCCAUUGCCUGCUGGAGCAUGGAACAUCGCUCUGAUUGAUGAAGUUGAAUUGUCACGGACCUUUGAUCGUCUCUAUCACGCUGAACGAGAGCGUGCUGACUUAGACUUUGAGUUCAAGUCUGAACCCCAGGUCAUCGGGAGAGGACUAUCGCGCCUCCAAAAAGAGACCCCGCGCUUCCAUACCUUCUGUUGA